AUGUCUAAAGAGGAGCAAAAGGAUGUGCGCAGAAAUUAUCUGCUGCGUGUGGCCAGUCAUAUUCUUGGAAUUAACAUUGUUGAGGAGAAACUGCGUCGACUUCAAGCUAUAGACACAUUUUGCGACAGCAGUGGCACAGUCCUAAGCGUAGCCCUCACUGACCAGAAAGGUAUCGAACUUUCAAAUGAAAUGAAAUCUGGUGCUCUUCCGAAGGUGGUAUUCUACAAGGUUCGGCCAAUUCCAUUAACUGUUGACAAUUACAAGACAGCAGUGAACGUUAUGUCCAUGAGUGGAACGUCAAAAGAGGCGUUCCUGAAAAGUGUUCAAAACCGCUUUGGAGCAGAUUUACCUCCAAACAGACACGAUUUGUUGCAGGUAUUCAGCAAAGACAUCUCAGAUUCCCUGCAAACAACCACCAACAAACACUUGUUAUCCCUGGUAAACGAACUAGAAGAAAAUCUUCUAGCGACAGUCGAUGGUGGGAAAAGUGAGAAUGAAGGUGGUGUAAUAUCUGUACCAGACGAGAUACGUUUGUGGAAAACACGUAGCGGAACAACUGCGCAACAAUACAACGAAGCUUUCGAACCGUUGCAGAUUGUUGUUGAUACUAUACAAGAUCGUUCAAUUGAUGAACUUGUCGGGCUUGUUGAAGCAUUCGAAGAUUCAUGCGAUGCGCUCUGGAACAGUCAGCCGCCUUACCCCGAAAGUAGAAUGCGGUCCCUUCUCCAAUGCAUGGGUUCAUUUCUUUGCGAACAAAUGUCCUCCAAAAUAGAGACAGAAAGUCUCUGGAAGAAUGCAAAUGUGGUGGAGCAAUUGAAUGCUGGAAUCGCAGCUUGUAAUCAGUGGGACUUUUCUGUUCAACUAAUGACUGGACAGACAUGGAAGCGGCAGAUAGAAGGAGCAUGGCAAGGCGAUGCAGUGGACAUGAAGUACUUACAGGGAUUCAAAAAAAGACUUGAAGAGGUGCUCUCACUAAAGCAACUCGGUCCGCAAAUAGCGCUGUUGCUGAAUGAGCGAGGAGUCGAAGCGGAUGUGGAAAAAAUACUGGAAGAAACAAUGAGGAAUACAGCCAUCUUAACGUAUAAUCCGUUUACAGAGCACAAUUGGAGAUCACGAGUUCUGAUGGCUGAAAGAGCGCUGGAUCCUAUCAUUGACCGUACGAUACCUGUGCUUAAAAACCGUUUACACCCCAGUAAACUAGAAAACAAUCACCUGACAGCGGACCUGGAAAAGUUCAGAAAUUUCCUAUGCCGGACAACAAUCAAGGAGAAACUGCAGGCGGAAAGAGAAACAUUACUUACUCAAAUGGUCGGAAAAAUAAUCGAUAAGGAAAAGGAGACUGAUAAUCGCAUAAGCAAUUACAAUGAGCAAGGCCGAUUUCUUACAGAAAUAGCAGCUAAGCUCGCACAUACACAAUCAUUGUGCUCAGCGCUAUUGGACGACCUUUCCGGCUACGCCACAUUGGACACCAGGAUUAAGUCAUUUAUGGAGAAAUUGAAACAAUCGGAGCAGGAAUGUUAUGACCAGUGGUGUCGCGAAACAAUACAAGCCAUCGAUGAUCCAACUGAUUCCAUCGCACUGGAAACGAAAGGAAAAAUUAUGGUGCUAGAACAGAAAAGAGGCACUCUCAAUGUCAACUACAGUGAUCGUCUCAUCAGGUUACUAAAAGAGGUUCGUCAACUUGCCAGCCUUGGUCUGAAAAUUCCAUCGAAGAUCAUCAAUUGCGUAAAUCAGGGAGAGAAAUUCUUCAGAUUCGGUGUCGUCCUCAAGCAAAUCGCUCACUUCUAUAAUACUAUCGACCAGCAAAUGCUGCCCUGUCAACAGGCUCUUUUGCUAGAUGAAGCCAUAGCCUUUGAAAAGCUUGUCAUUCCACGAAAAAACGAAGAGAGCGCUAUUUCUCGUGUCACAUGGGAAGAUCCGAAAGAACUGGAAGCAUUCAUAGCGACACUGCAAACUGCAUCCGAUAAGCUCUCGAACCACAACAGGCGUCUACGUAAUGCCCAUACGGAGAUAGCCCAUAUGGUGAUGGAACUGAUAAACUUGGACGUGCUCAAAGAGGUGAACAAAUGGAAGGAAAUCCUUGUGAAGAUUCGAUCCAAGAUUUCCGAAGAGGAACUCGUCCAUGGCGCCUCAAAAGCGAGUCUUCGUCCUUGGCAGAUUCAUUGGAACUGGCAGCUUUACAAGGCCUUACAGCUACAGUAUCAAUGGGGAAUUGAAAGUCUACAUGCGCAGAUACCACUGAUUCACACUCAGCUGAUUUUUAUACAGCAAAAACUACAGCUUCGCCCUCCAAUUGAAGAAAUCCGUGUAAAGUACUAUAAAGAAAUGCGCAAACUCCUCAGCAUACCAGAGAAGUUCAAAGGUGUCAUUGAAGGCGAACAGGCAGGAAAGUUCUUUUCAACGAUGUUGGGAAAGAAUGCUAGUCGCUUCCCAAGUAUCUAUGAAAAGGCGGAAGAACUUUUAAAAGCAGUCGAAAAUGUGGAUUCACAGUUUGCAGAUUGGCUCGUGUUGGCACAAAUCGAUAUGGAGCAACUCAUCGAGGAAAAACUCACGACGGCCGCUGAUUGGGAAGCGCAAAUGAAACUUCUGAAAACGAAGGGAAGAGAAGCAGAGAAACUGCCAAGGCAAGUUUUCAAUAUUUUCGUUCUCUACAACGGGGUCUCGAUCUUCGCUUCUGUAACUCUAGUCGAAAAUGGCGAAAUUCGAAUCGAAUGCAUUGUGGUGAGCACAGUUGGUGCGAAAUCAGCGAUAGACGAACUUCUUCAACGACUCUUCGACACGCUCACAUGGACUCUUCGUCUAAGCAUCAACACAAAACUGCAAACUAUUCAGCAGUUCCUAUCACAGGCCAUAAGCGUUCUAAGUACCCGACCUCAAUCGAUUGAUGAGGUUGCUGAAGCAAAUGCCCGGCACACGGAAUAUGGGAAAACGAAUAAAGAGCUGAAAACGUCUUGGGCUGUGCUGAACGAACAACACAUACUACUUCGAUCCGUCGCCGGGAGUGGAGUGGAUCAGAUGACCUCGCUUACACAGGAAUGGGAAAAGUUUGAAUUGAUGCUGGAUAGUCAUCAACAAAUGAUCAAGGAACAGGUGGAAGUGUUGAAGUCGAAUGUGGACACUAGAGUGAAAGCCGUUAAUGACGAGUCGGAGAAGCUGUUAGCGAGAUGGAAUCAGUUCAAACCCAAAAGCGAAGCCCUGCAAGGAGAUCGGCAAUCGCUCCUGAAAGCCAUAGAGUUCAUAAAGGAAAAACGUCUCGAAUACGACGAGUUGGUUGCCAGGAAGGAAAAACUCGAGAAGGAAUGUGAACAAUUCGACGUCAAUAAACCGGAAUUUUCUGUGCUGCAACAACUUGGAGAUGAUAUUCAGGAAUAUGAGAACAACUGGGUCAUAUUCGAAGAAUUCAACACUGACUUGAAAACCCUCACCGAUGAAGAAUGGAUUGUAUUCAGAAGCAAGACCUACCUUUUCGAUGAGUUUCUACAGAAAUGGUCAGAAAAAUUGAAGGCAUCACAACAGACACACAUGGGCAUUCGAUUGCUGAAGGAUAUUGAUUCUUUUAGAGAAUUCAGCAGUUGUCUCAAGUUUUGCCGUGGUGAAGUGCUCAGUGCUGAUCACUGGCUAGAAAUGUUCAGAUUGCUUCAUUUACCAAGAGGAACCAUUUUGGAAAAACUGACCUUCGGCGAUUUAGUCGCGGUGGCGCCAACCGUUGUUGCCAAUGUGGAAGAGCUAAAGGCCCUUAACAGUAGGGCUCAGGGUGAGGUCACAAUAAGAGAGGCGAUCCAGGAACUUGAAAUGUGGGCAGCUCAGUCGACGUUCUCUUUUUCUGACUACAAACAUUCCAACGGUAGCAAUAUGAAGGUGAUUCGCGAAUGGAAGGAGUCGAUUAACUCAGUUAAAGAUAGCCAAGCGUUGCUCCAAUCGCUGAAAAACUCUCCUUUCUAUGUGCAAUUCAGCGAUAAGACGAGUAUUUGGGAGAAGAGGCUUUCGGAACUAGAUGAAUAUCUGCCACAAAUGAACGACAUUCAAAGGAAAUGGAUCUAUCUGGAACCGAUUUUUGGUAGAGGCGCAUUGCCGUCGGAAGCGAGUCGCUUCGCUCGAGUCGAUAGCGAAUUCCGCCUUAUCCUCAGUGGUGAGCAUAUGUAA